CAGCUGACGAAAGACAGAUCUACAGGUUCAGGAAAAAAAAAUUCAGAACUUUGUAUAUUCUACUGAUUUUGACAAAGGAGUCGUUCAUUACUGUACUAAGUGGAGGGUAGCGCACAGCGCGGGACUGGCGUUCUACCGUAAAGGCAGCCAUGUCCUCUGAUGUGAAGAUCACUCGUACGGGGCCCCCUCCAAUGGACCCCAACAAGUCGUAUGUGAACCCAGGAGAAGAGGACCAGAUGGAAAUUUAUGGGCACAGAAGAAGUAUCUUCAAAUGUGUCAUAAGUGGAGUGUUCCUAGUGGCGACAGCGGGGUUCCUGGGCUUAGUUUUCUACUGGAGGCGGGACUGGAUGUUACAAUGUACUCACUCUCGCUGUUCACUUAGCAAGGCCACCCGUGUGUUAUUGAAGGACCAGUACUUGCAGUGGUCAGUCAACAAAGUGAGGACAGUUACUAGGGAGGGACAGAGCGUGGAUCCAGACCUGUCGUCCAGCUUUGAGAGUGUGGAGUCCCUGACUCACGUCCCACAUAUAUCGCUGGAUCCCAAGGCAAACCUGACCAAGACCUCAUCAAGAAAUACAAUGGAAAAACCCGAAGCCAUUAUAAGAAACUUUGUGAACAAGAAGAUCAAAUAUAUUUGGAAUGCAGAGCUCAAGAGCUUUGAACGUCUCAAGGGUCUGGAAGAGGGAGUGUCUUGCGCAUAUUUCUAUGAAGCAGAAGGAGUCAGUGCAGACGAGAGAGCAAGAAGAAUUGUGCUUUAUGGUGCAAAUUACAUUGAGGUCCACGUUACUCCUAUUUUGAAGAUAUUUAUACAGCAGAUUUUCAGCCCGUUCUACGUGUUCCAAGUGUUCAGUUGUGCCCUGUGGUACGCGGAUGUGUACUACUAUUACGCCAGCACCAUUGUCCUCAUCACCUCAGUCUCCAUCGUGGUGGCCAUAUACCAGAUCAGGAAGAUGGAGAGAAAACUGAAGAAUACCAUUCAUGGCCGGGACACGGUGACAGUAAAGCAAGGGACACAUGCUGAUGAUUUUAGUGAGAUGUCCUCAGAUUCUCUAGUACCUGGAGAUAUCCUAGAAAUUCCACGACAUGGCUGCAUCAUGACAUGUGAUGCUGUCCUCAUAGCUGGAAACUGUAUUGUCAAUGAGAGCAUGCUGACAGGUGAAAGUGUCCCUGUCACCAAAACACCAGUUCCUAAGCCCAACCCAGGCUCUGCUGAAGAGACAUUCUCUAUGAGUCAUCACUCGCGCCAUAUCCUGUACUGUGGGACUAGAGUUAUACAAACCAGGUUCUAUAAAGGACAGAGAGUGAAGGCAGUGGUCCUCAGGACAGGUUUUAUGACGGCCAAGGGGGAACUGGUGAGGUCCAUUAUGUUUCCAAAGCCAAUGAACUUCAAGUUUACUCAAGAUGCGUACUUGUUUGUUGGUGCCCUGGCCGCCAUUGCUUUCAUGGGUUUCAUCUAUGUCAUAGUCAUAAUGGUGGGUGAUGAAGAAGAGCCGGGAGACAUAGUUCUCCGUACUCUAGAUUUAAUCACCAUAGCGGUACCCCCGGCCCUCCCUGCGGCACUCACCAUUGGCACAGUGUUCGCACAGAGCCGCCUUAAGAAGACUGGUAUCUACUGCAUCAACCCGGCCACCAUCCCAGUGUGUGGAUCCACUAAUGUGGUCUGCUUUGAUAAGACAGGUACCCUUACAGAAGAUGGCCUGGAUAUCUGGGGUGUGGUACCUGCGGAGGAAGGCAGAUUCCAAGAUGUUGUCCACGAAGCAAACACUUUGCCUGAAGACAACCUUCUCAUCUCCAUGGCAACCUGUCACUCUCUGACCAGGAUAGAAGGAGACAUCUCUGGUGAUCCUCUGGAUGUGAAAAUGUUUGAAGCCACCACUUGGGAAUUGGAAGAACCAGGAGAAGAGGAGACCAAUAAGUAUGAAUCGCUGGCUCCAACCAUCGUCCGUCCGUCACGGCCUGAUAUCGUAAAUGCUGCCAACCUGCCUCCUGAGUUGGCGCCAUUAGAGGUGGGUAUUGUCCGGCAGUUCACCUUUACCUCUGCCCUCCAGAGAAUGUCCGUGAUUGUGAGGAUUCUGGGACACGACAACUUCCAGCUGUAUGCUAAAGGAUCCCCAGAGAAGAUAGAGUCCCUGUCAAAACCGGAAACAGUUCCUAAGAACUUCCACAAUGUCUUGAUGCAGUACACAGAGCAAGGCUACCGCGUGUUGGCUUUGGCAUGGAGACCUCUUCCCAAGCUGAACUAUGUGAAGAUACAGAGAGUGGCAAGGGAAGAAGUGGAAUGUGACCUCAGCUUUCUAGGACUGCUGGUGAUGGAGAACAAGCUGAAACCAGAAAGUGCCUCUACCAUCAAAGUGCUGCAGGAGGCCAAUGUAAGGCCAGUGAUGAUAACAGGUGACAACAUGCUGACAGCACUAAGUGUUGCCAGGGAGUGCGGAAUGAUACAGCCAGGACAGAAUGUCAUUCUGGCCACUGCAUCCCCUCCCUCUGGAGCUGAGCUUAACCCCAGGUUAGAGUGGGUGGUUGCUGAGGAGACCAGCGAGAGAAUCGAAGAGCUGAAAGUGCGAGAACUGGGUGACGUCAACCUCGUCAUGGAGCAAGCCAACAAAUUCCAUAUUGCAGUCACAGGGAAGACAUGGGCUGUUGCUAAGCAACUGUAUCCAGAGAUACUGCCCAAACUUGCAGUGAGAGGCACGGUAUUUGCCAGAAUGUCUCCAAACCAGAAAGCACAACUGGUGGAGGUGCUACAAGAGAUCGGUUACUAUGUGGUAAUGUGCGGGGAUGGAGCCAAUGACUGUGGAGCUCUCAAAAUGGCGCAUGCUGGGAUUGCGUUGACGGAGGCUGAGGCUUCAGUGGCGUCACCUUUUACCUCUAAGGAGCAGAACAUCCGGUGCACGCCAACGCUUAUAAGGGAAGGCAAGGCGGCUCUAACCACAACAUUUGGGAUUUUCAAGUUUAUGGCGUGUAUCAGCUUGACACAGUUUGUAACUGUCCUCAUAUUAUAUUGGAUUGGCAACAACCUGACCGACUUUGGGUUCUUGUAUAUUGAUAUGAUUCCUGUCACAACUUUGGCUGUCACAUUCAGUUACACCAGGGCCUACCAGAGCCUAACCAAGGACAAGGUGACGGUCAGUCUGUUUACUGCCCAGCCACUGAUGUCACUGGUCUUCCAGAUGAUCCUGAUGACCGGCAUACAGACGUUCUUUUUCUUCUAUGUAAAGACCAUGCCUUGGUUCGUCUCCUUUGUGGACAAUCCUGACGAUGAGUAUGCCAGUCACAUGAACGCCACCAUAACUCUCAUCUCCUGCUACCAGUAUGUCACCCUGGCAGUGGUCUUCCACAAGGGGGCGCCCUUCAGGAGGUCCAUGUUCACCAACUGGUUUUUCCUCAUCAACGUGAUAGCUGUGACGAUCAUCAACGUGUGGCUGACCAUCUACCCACCUCAGUUCCUGACUGACCUCAUGGAGCUUGCAGACCUUCCAGACAUGCUGUUCAGAAUAAUUAUAGUGUGUGUGGCUGCCGUCAACUUCCUGGCGUCAUUAUUCCUUGAGACCUUUAUCCUGGAUGGUUUAGUCCGAGAAAAAGUUCGCACUGUGGCCAGAAAAUGGUGCUGCAAGUCCAAGCAGUAUCGUUACAUGCACAUUGAGGACGAGAUUGUAGCCUCUUCUCAUUGGCCGCCAGUGAAUACUGCGACCUCUGACCUUGCCAGAGUGCUGCGCCAGGAGAGCGCCAUUGCAACAGAUGAUACCGGCAUUGUGACCAGUUCAAGCAAG